AUGAUCUUCCCCUUGCGCAGCAAGGGGGAGGUCCCUGAUGUUUUGAUCCCUUGGAUCUGCGCUUCGUUCACGCUUCCGGCCUCCCCGCAGCAGAAUGGGGUUACUGAGCGCCGCAUUGGCUUAGUCAUGAAGGUGGCGCAUACCUCCAUGAUGCAUGCGGUUGCUCCCCAUUUUCUGUGGCCGUUUGUGGUUUGGUACGCUGCGCAUUACCUCAACCUCUGGCCCCGUGUCUCCUUGCCGGAGACCUCGCCUACACUGCGUUGGACGGGGAAGGUUGGCGAUGCGUCGGUGUUCCGGGUCUGGGGCGCUCGUGCCUUUGUCCGCGAUACCUCCGCGGACAAGCUCUCCUCCCGCGCCAUUCCCUGUGUCUUCCUUGGCUUCCCCCCUGACGCGCCUGGUUGGCAGUUUUACCAGACCACCUUGAGCCGUGUCCUGUCCUCUCAGGACGUCACGUUUGACAAGUCGGUUCCCUUUUACCGUCUCUUCCCCUACCGCACUGCCCCUCCCCCCCCCCUUCCCGCCACUCUUCCUCUCUCUAGGUCCCCCUCCGGUAGACCCCCUCCCCCCUCAGGGUCCUGCUCCUUCAGCCUGGGGGUGUUGAGCCUGGAGCCGAGUGCAGAGCCUGUGGGUGCUGAGCUUGCUGGUGCUGAGCUUGCUGGUGCUGAGCCUGGGGGAGUCGAGCAUGCGGAGCCUAGGGGUGCUGAGCCUGAGCGUGCGGAGCCUGGAGGUACUGAGCCUAAGCGUGGCCUGGGGGUGUUGAGUCUGGUGGUGCUGGUGGUGCUGGCACUGCUGGUCCCGGAGGUGCUCGUACUGGAGGUGAUCAUCCCUCACCACAGCAGCUACGCGAGUGGUACGCUCGGUGCCGCUGUCUUCGGAGUGGCGCUACUGGAGCUGGAGGCACUGCGGCUGGAGACGCUGGAGCUGGAGGUACCGGAGGAGCUGGAGCUGCUGGUCCAGGAGGUUCUCACACUGGAGGUGCUGGAGCUGCCGGAGCUGGUGGUGCUGCGGGCUCUGGAGCUGGAGCCACUGGAGCUGGUGACCCGGGAGCUGGAGGUGCUAGAGCUGGAGGCGCUGGAGAGAUGGAGGCUCGUGGUUCUACUGCUGGAGCCGGAGGUGCCGGUGCUGCGUCCCAGGGGUACUCGUCCUGGAGGUACUGGAGCUGGCGAAGCUGGUGGUGCUGCAGACACUGGAGCUGGAGGCCCUGGCGCUGGAAGCGCUGAAGCUGGAGGCACUGGAGCUGGAGGUGCUGGAGCUGGAGGUGCUGGAGCUGGAGGCACUAGAGCUGGUGACCCGGGAGCUGGAGGUGCUGGAGUUGCUGGAGGCCCUGGGGCUGCUGGUACUAGUACUAGCGGUACUGGUGCUAGAGGAGCUGGUGCUGGUGGUACUGCACAGCCGCGUUGCUUCUUCGCUCCGCCGUCACCGCCGACUCUGCCGCCGCCUGACUCGAUGCUUCGCCAGGUUCUUAGCCUCCCGUCUUCUACUGGUCUCCCGUUACAGCCAGGCUCCCCACUGCCUGCUCCUUCUCCCUACACUGAGCAGACUGACUCGCUUACAGAGCGUCGUGAGCCUGCGUCUCGUCCUGCCUCGCCUGUUCGCGCUGUUCGCACUGGUCGUCGUGUUCCUCGUCAGCGUCCUCCUCCUGUCCCUGGCACUCACACUAUGACACUUCGUCCUUCCUCUGUUCCACAGCGUGUUCCCCUGCCGUCUCCUCCAACGCCCUCGCUUCCACACGUUCCGGACCACUAUUGUCACCGACCCUUCGUUUGA